AUGUCUGUUCCAUUGACUUUAAGUACACCUAUUUUAUAUAUUGUUUCAAACUUAGGUUCAAAGUGCUAUUCGAAUGUUGACAGAAACUACUAUGACCAAAAGAUACUCAUGCGUAUAAACAAUACUUUCUCUGCUGGUUUGCCUAUUGUUCAUUCGAAUGCAGAGUUUUCAGCUUUAGUAAACUCAAACACUUUAGCAAACAUAAACUUAACCUUAGUUGACGCAAACUUUGUUCCUGUAAAACUUUUAUGUCCUAUGUAUUUGUCAAUGACGGCAGAAAGUUUCGAAUUGGAAGAUGCAACCGGUGAAAGUAUUGUAUUACAAGAACAACUUCAACAACAAAUAGCUCAAGAACAACAAAUAGCUCAAGAAUAA